CUGUACCGGUUUUCCAACGAGUACAUUACUACCUUACAACAGCGAACGAAGUGGAAAACCGCUGAUCAAGAGCUGAAGACAGGCACCAUGGUCUUAGUGAAGGACGUCAAUCGACCUCCUCUUCUUUGGCUGAUGGGUAGAGUGAUCGCCAUAAGACCAGGAUCGGAUGGUCACAUCAGAGUUGCUGACAUCUUCACCACAAAGGGAACAAUCACAAGAGCAUUUAAUAACAUCUGCCCUCUUCCAGUGUCUCCUGCAUCAUCUUGA